GGGCGGCCCCGGUGGCCCUCGCCUCACUUCCGGGAGCGCUUGGGCGCUGUGCUGCCGCCAGCUCGCAGCGUUGUGAGCCCGCUGGCCGGGGGCCGGGGGCCGCGGAGCCCGGUGAGCGCGCAGCCAGGCGGAGGCCCCACUGCCCGCGCCUCGCGGGCCUCUCCCUGCGGCCAUGGGGGCGUCCGGGCGGCUACUGCGCGCAGUGAUCAUGGGGGCACCGGGCUCUGGCAAGGGCACCGUGUCGUCGCGAAUCACCAAACACUUCGAGCUGAAGCACCUCUCCAGCGGGGAUCUGCUCCGAGGCAACAUGCUUAGGGGCACAGAAAUUGGUGUGUUAGCCAAGACUUUCAUUGAACAAGGGAAGCUCAUCCCAGAUGAUGUCAUGACUCGGCUGGCCUUCCAUGAGCUGAAAAAUCUCACCCAAUAUAGCUGGCUAUUGGAUGGUUUUCCAAGGACGCUUCCUCAGGCAGAAGCCCUGGAUAGAGCUUAUCAGAUAGACACAGUGAUUAACUUGAACGUGCCCUUUGAGAUCAUUAAGCAACGCCUCACUGCUCGCUGGAUUCAUCCAGCCAGUGGCCGAGUCUACAACAUUGAAUUCAACCCUCCCAAAACUGUGGGCAUCGAUGACCUGACUGGAGAGCCUCUUGUCCAGCGUGAGGAUGACAGACCAGAGACGGUUGUCAAGAGACUGAAAGCUUAUGAAGCUCAAACAGAGCCGGUCCUGGAAUACUACCGGAAAAAAGGGGUGUUGGAAACAUUCUCUGGAACAGAAACCAACAAGAUCUGGCCCUAUGUAUAUGCUUUCCUGCAAACCAAAAUUCCACAAGUAAACCAGAAAGCAUCCGUUACUCCAUGAGAAGUGCGUGUGACCAGUAAGAUGAGCAGAAGGUCCUCAUUUAGAAGCUCCAGGUCCUAAGACUGAAUUGUAUGAAUUCUUUGAAAAUUUUAUUCGUUUCAUUUCUACUGAUUUUAUUCUGGAAAUUAAGGAUGUGCCAAAUGAGUCAGAUACUGAUUCAUCUUUCAAAAUCAUCUAGUAUGUUUUAUCCAGUUAUCUUUCUGUGGGUGUACAAUUUAAAAAUAUCAUAUCUAAUGAAACUUUUGAAAAAUCAUUUAGAGCAUAAUUAAAAGGCCAAUUAAUAGUAAUCUAACUUUUGUUCAGAAGAGUAAGUGGUUGAUACAGUUUCCUUGUUUUUCUGGAAAAGCAUAAAACAAUUCCAUGUCAUUUGGGAAAAGUAUCUUAUCAAAGGAUUUUGCUUAGACUGAUGCCAAAAAAAAAAUCUUUACCACUGUGAUACAGUUUUGUGACUCUGUGUCUGUAAAAUUCCAGAAGAAAAGCAACUGGAUAUAAAGAUUAGUUUGAGAAUGCAAAUACACUGCUGCCUCUAUACUAAGAAAUUUCUAAGAUAGCCAUAUAUAUUUAUUUUGUUGUUAACUUACCUUCAGGUUACUCAGAAUCUUCAAUUUGCCAUAAAAAUAUAUCAAUUAGCAUAUAGGAAAGCAUUAAUUUCCCAUGAUUUGUUUUCUUUUGAAAAUACAUGUGUACUGAGGGAUAUGAUUUAUGUUAGAAAUUAUAAGUUCUUGCAAAAGCACCAAAGUUGUAUUUUCAAAGGAAAAUGUAAAGACCUAUGUUUUCAGACGUUACUCAGGUUAAGAGAUAUGCAUUAGGAUCUACUUGUCAGUUUCUCUUUUUGAUCAAAAUGUAUGAUCUGCCUUGAUGAGUAACAUAUUCAAGUACCCACACACAGAGAGAGAAUAAAAGAAAAUCCAUGGCACUCGGUAAAGUAAACACACUUUGUCAUUAGGAAAUAGAACUAGAUCAGGUUUGCCUGGGGAAAAUUCCCUUGACAAAUAUAACAAUCAUAAUUAGUAAACAGGUAUGGCAAUGAAGAGGAUUUCUAUGACAGGUUAAAAAGGACCCGGAAACAAACUGAGUUUACUGAAGGAGUUUAUUCCUAAUCAAAGAAGUUUACACCUGCUAGCAUUCACUGCUAUCCUAUCUUAAGGGUAAAGAACUCUUGUUGGUGAAUGUAACCUGAGCAGCCAUUUUAAAAUCAAAAUGAUUUGAUUCCUUAGUGGGAUGCAUGCUUAUGUACUGUGGCCUGGUACAAAGUGGGGCACUAUAAGUGGAGAAACCUGACUGCAUCUUCAAUGGCAUAUUUACUCUACUUGGUGCAAAAUCAAAUGAAACAAGUCCUUGUAAAAGGUGUUAUUAACUGCCUUUGAAAAUCUGGCCCGUUUUAUUCUAGGCACUUAAAAAUACAAAUGCCAAGAAGUGACUGGUAUGUAUUUUGCCGGAAAAAAACUUAUUUUCCUUUUUUUUUUGAUUUUUAAAAAUUCAAUGUUGAGCUUUCAAAAUGGACCAAGGCUUUUAAAAAAGGUUUACAGUAAACAUUACAUUCUUUACAACUUUCUAUAAUGCCUUAUUUGAAUGUUAAUAUUAUGUGCUUUCUAAAAAUGUUGUGAACUACUAAACUUAUGAAUUAUCACUAGGUUAUCAGGCAUACAUUAGUAUUAAGGUAUUAUAAUACAGUGCAAUUUUAGAACUGUACAUAUCAGUUUGUCUUUGGUAGUUCAAAAGGAUCACUCCAUGUCACCUUCCAUUCUGCUGCCCUGAUGACUGACUGAUAUCUGAAUUAAAACAGUAACAGUACACAGACUGGUUUCAUUUUAUGCUACACUUUUAUCUCGUGCUAUAGUAUUACAGCCACACUGGCCUUCUUGACACUUAGAAGACAUGGAAAUCACAAAUGGGUAGAACAUGGCUGUGAAAUUUAAGUCUCUUCCCUGUGACCAUUCCCUCCUCACUCACAAAACAAUCCAAAGUUUUGCACAUACCUCCAUUACUUUGGGAAACGCCUGCACUAUUACUUUUGUUUUUAAUUAAAGCAAACAAGAAGAACUUGUUUUAUGCAGAAUUAAUGUCAUAGACAGUUCUGAUGAUUAUCAUAACUGAGGAAACACAUCCUGCUAAAAAAAACCCAUAAUGCUGUACUGCCUACCACUAUGAUUUACGUGCCACAUGGAAGUAGGAAUGGAGCUGAAUGCCACGGCUAGAAGCUACUAUGCCUUGAAGGUUAAUGAGGACAGUACUUUAAUCUAUUACCCUACUUUCUGGAGUACCAUAUUUUGGCACACCCUUCAUAAGCAGAGGUGUGAGAAAUGGAAAUUGGCAGUACCAUCCAGAAAUUUUAUUUCUCAAUUCCAUUUGAAAUAGGUUAAACACUGUCUCAAAUUUCUAAACCCCAACCCCAUAGCUACUUUCCUACCAGCUAUUUAUAAUGGCAUUCCAACAAAGUAAAAUAUUUUGGAUACUCAAGUUUGUUACAGAACUUACCUAUGUUAAUUAACAAAUCAUGGUAAUUACAGACUUCACAUUAAAUUGUUGUAAUACUUGCAACCAACAGCAAAAAUAAAUUUGUAUUUUAAAACA